AUGGCAACCUCAACUUCUGGGAUCGACGACGUCUCCUCUAUAGCCGGAAAUGUAUCGGAUGAAAUCAAGAGAAUCGUUGGGUCUCCCAUGCGUACCUUUCGCAUGAUAACGGACGAAGGAGAGCCCACAGGAUUCGGUGCCACGUUUACGUCGGGAAUGACUGUUUCCGAGGUGUCAAUGGUACCCAAGGCGGAAGAACCAACGAAGCAGGAAGGAAGGGUCGUGUGCAAGCUUGUCGUGACCGAAGAUAUGCUCAACGGUGCCAUGACAAUCCACGGCGGCUGCUCCGCUUACUUGGUUGACAUAUGUUCCACUCUGGCAAUAAUAGCGUACAGUCUAGCCUAUGGGAAACCAGCCAAUACCGUUUCGCAAACAAUGAAUAUAACGUACCAUUCUCCAGCGGGUUUGGGUGAGGAACUCAGAAUCGUCAAUACUACGAUGUCUAUUGGCUCGAAAACUCUGGUUGCACGCACAGAAAUCUGGAGUGACACUACGAAGCGCCUGGUAGCUUCUGGAGUGCAUAGCAAAAUGCAGCCGUCACAGGCCAAACUAUAG